AAGUAUAGAAGCAUCCAUAGCAACCCUAAACAGCAUUUGAAAUUUACAGCUGGAGAGAGACUGAGACAAGCUCAGGUCUAGGGAGAUACUUAGCAUUCUUAUGCCUCAGAGAGAGAAAACUCCCAGGAUGAGUUCUUCUACUUCAUCCUCCAAAGUUACAGAGAUAGAAGAUACAAUAGAAAGUCUGGAUGAGGAUGGUGAUGAUGAUGACGAUGACGACGACGACGACGACGAUGACGAUAUGGAGUGCAAGGAACUGGAAGGUUUGAAAGAAGCCUUGGAGAACCUCCGCGGUCUGUCCAGUGAGGAAAAAAAUGAAAAGGCGAUGCUCCGCUCACGCCUUCAGGAACAGUCUCAGCUCAUCUGCAUCCUGAAGCGCAGGGCUGAUGAAACACUAGAACGCUGUCGGGUCCUGGAGCAGCUUAACACAGAGCUGGAGGAGAAAAGGAUGAAUGAUGCUGAGAGGCUGGAGGCCCAGACACAGCGGACGCUGAAGCUGGAGUCCCGAUUCAUGGACCUGGCCUCCAAUCAUGAGGAGAUGAUCCGUUUUAAGGAUGAACACAAGAGGCAGAAUGUCAAACUGAGAGAAGAGAAUGAAAUGCUGAGGAGGGAGAAUAGAGAACACUUCAGCCAAGCCCUGAAAGACCAGGAGGCCAAAGUAUGUCAUCUCACAGCCCAGGGGGAAAAGUUGUCCAAAGAGCUGGAGACUCUGAAGGGGAAAUGUGCAGAAGACACCAGCCGAGCCAAAGCCCGGGAGAAGGAGCUCUUGGACCUACAGCAACAGCAAGCCCUCUCCCAUGCUAAGGAAACCAGCAACCUGAGAAACCAGCUACAGGCUCUGGAAGACCUGCAUCGAAAAACCCUGGCGAAGAUGAUCAAGAGCGAGGAGAAGCAGAAGGGCUUGAGUUCCGACAUGAGCAACCGUCUGGAAAAAGUGACCAAAGAGAAAGAGGAGUUGCUGCAGCUGUCCAUGGAGAGGGGCAAAGUGCUUCAGAACAAACAGCUGGAGAUCCAGCAGCUGGAAGAAAAGUUAGAGGCAGCAGAGGUUGGCCGGAAAAAUGCCCUGGAUCGUUUUGAGCAAGAGGCCGCCUUGGUGAAUAGCAACCUGAAAGUUCAAGAAUUGAGCCGAAAGGUGGAGGGAAUCCAGAAUGCCUAUGAUGAGCUUUGGUUGCAGUCUGAAGCCUUCAAAAAGCACAGUCUGGAUCUUUUAACCAAAGAGAGGGAGCUCAAUGCCAAACUCCGACACCUCUUUCCCUAAGGCAGGCCCCACUUCUGCUGGCCUACUUCUUUGGACUGAAAUUUGUGUUUUUUCCUUUAUUGGAACAGUUACCAGCAUUCCAUUUAUUAUAUUUCUAUAACACAAAGAGCAGUCUUGAGACUUACUUUAUUGUCACCACUCUUUUUCCAUCAUUUAGCUUUGGUUCCACCUCCUAGAAUACAGUUUUGCCAGCAUUCAUUUGUUUGCCUCUGAAAUUAGAUCCUUUUCAGAGUAUCUUCCCAGCAACUUGUGGCAAGGUCUUUCCAAGCUCCUGGAAAUUCAUUUUGAACCUUGAGUUGUCCAUAAUGGGUGAGACUUUCAACUGGUUACAAUCUUCAGGGAUGUAAAAUUAUUCUUCAUAUGUAAUGAGAUUUCCUGUUUCAAAAAUGAAGAUUCAUACGUUUAAUACAUACCGAGGGAGGUUUUGAUGGCUGUGUGUCUGUCUAGUUUAUCUUCCUUAGGUAGUAUUAUAGAUGCAUCAGCGGCAAUGCUGUCAAGAAUGUCUUGUUGGGGAGGGCAAAUGCUGUUAAUUUUUACUUAGAGUAAAUAGACCUUGCCACAGUUAAUCAGUACAAGAAUUGUGUUCCAUGUCAGUAAAAUAGUCAUUUCUCAGGUAGAUUAGAACUAACUCAGUAAGUUCUCAGUUGUGUUUUUUCUUUAAUAGAGUCUUCAAAUGGGAAAUAGUGCAAAAAGCUACAAAUUGGUCUAACAUUGCCAGCACACUCUGCUAAUGGGAGAAAAAGACCUUAAUAAAUGAUGUCUCAGGGAAUACAAAUUUUUUUAUGAUGGUUGUGAUAGGAGGUGCCUUUUGUGAGAUCGUAAGUUUUGUUAUUAUUGACUAUACUGUGCACAUUAUAUACUGGGCUUUUCUAUUUCUAUUAGUAUACUUCUUGCUUUGAAAUAUUUAUGUAUUUGGAGUAUUGGGAUAGGGCUAUCUGGACAACAAUAGAGCUAUAAAUAAAGAAUAUUUCUAUAUA